CACUUCAAAGGACGUAUAUAUAUAACAUAGGCUAGAACUCAGUAUACAUAGAUUUAAUAAAAAAUGUCGACUAAUAUCAAACAUUAAACGGUUCAUUUUAAAUGAUCAAUAGGUUAUUAUAUUAAUGUUUUUACUCAUUUAUACUCGCAUGUGAUUUGCACGAGUGGUCAUACUAAAGUUCACGCUUUUAAUAUUUGAGUAAUAAUGCUAUUUCUUUGUCAUUGAAAGAUAAAAUAUGAUUAUUGAAUUAUUUCAUAGUAUUAAUUAAAUCAAAGCAGAAGUAUUUCAUUAAAAAUGAUUUCUAACAAAGACGAAGAUAUUUAUGACAAACGACCUGAAACUCCUCCCGAGGAAAGUUGUUGUGGAAGUGGUUGUAAUCCUUGUAUUUUAGAUAUUCAUCAAAAGUUAUUAAAACAAUGGGAAGAAAGAAGAAAAAAUAAUAUAAUUAUAAAACCCAUGAGAAAUUUAAUAUCUCCAACCUCUUUUAAUUCUUUUAUAGUUAGUGAUAUUUAUGAAGCUUCUGAAAAUUAUAUUUUUAUACGGUUAGAAUAUAAAGAAAGUAAUAUCGACAAUGAUAUGUCUUUAUAUAUUAUUCCUGGACAACAUAUUAUAUUACAUGUUGAUUCUAUGUCAAAAGCUUACACACCUAUUUCUUGGUCAAAUAAAAAUUUGCUACUUCUUGUAAAAGUAUACCCAUCAGGUAAAUUUAGUCAGCUUCUAAAUAAUGCAAAAAAGAAUGAUGAAUUUGAGAUCAGAGGACCAUAUGGGGAUUUUAGAUAUGAGUAUAACAGCUUUCAGGAAAUCAUUAUAUUUUGUAUAGGCUCUGGAAUUACAGCAGUUUAUUCUUUAGCUAAAGUAAUUGUUGAAAAUGAAAUAGAAGAAACCAGAAUAAAUCUUAUUGCUGGAUUUCGAUCAAUCUUAUGUGUGCCUAUGAAAAAAGAAUUACAAUAUUUAUCAGAUUAUUGGAAUUUUGUAUGUACAUUACAUAUAUCAGAAAAUCUGAUUUCAGGUAGUAACCAAAAUAUUCAUGGUAUUAAUAUUGAAAAUGGGCGUUUAACUAAACAGUCAAUUUAUAAUUAUUUACAAUCUGGUAAACCAGAAACAACUUUAAUUUUAAUAUGUGGUACAAAUGAAUUCAAUCAAUCUGUUGAACAAUGGUCAAGAGAAAAUAAUUAUUCUCAUAUACAUGUAUUCAAAUAAAAAGAUUUAUUUUUAUUA